AUGAACUCUACCGAUCCUCGAAUUAUUGCCAUCGCUGGCCCACCACCAUCAGACAUCGACCUCGGCGACAACACUGCCGCCUCAGAUAGAGCGGCAAUAAUCGCAGUACUUAUCCUAGCUUUACUGGCUAUCUCCCUACGAUUUGUAGCGAGAACUAUUCAACGGACGAGGAUUCAUUGGGAUGACUGGGUUAUUAUUCUGUCUAUGGUAUUGGUUGCGGGAACCGCCAGCUUAGCCAUUGCUGGUGGCAUCUAUGGAGCUGGGAAACACGUUUGGGCACUUCAGAUGGAGGACCUGGAACAGAUCUACAAAAUCCUGUUUGGGUAUACAUUUCUAUACUCGGCCUCAUGCGCAAUCAUCAAAAUCUCGAUCCUCCUAUUCUACGGCCGAAUAUUCCCUACGACGGAAUCUGUGUUCCGGAUCUCGAUAAUGUUUGGCUACUUUCUCUCCAUCUCGUAUCCAAUCGUCGUAUGGGUUACGAUGGGAAAUGCAUGCAGGCCGAUUGAGCACUUUUGGACCCAGUUCAGUGGUACAGAAGGGACAUGCAUAGAUAUCAACAAAUUCUUUCUGGCUCUUGGGAUUGUAAAUAUGGUCAAUGACUUUUACAUAUUACUCGUACCUAUCCCACAAAUAUUCCAGCUACAGAUGUCCCUGCGAAAGAGAUUGGGUAUUAAUAGCAUUAUGAUGUUGGGUAGCUUUGUAUGUGCUGCCAGCGCUGUGCGUAUUCACUUCUUGACUGAGUUGACAAAGACUGUGGACGUGACGAGAGCCAUGGGGCCUGUCUUCAUUUGGUCUGAUCUCGAGCCAUGCAUUGCCAUUGUGUCAGCGUGCCUCCCACACCUUGCGCCCCUUCGACAUAUCAUCCGAGAUAGAAUUUCCUCUUCCUUGGGGAGUGAGAGAGGGAAAGGUACAGGUAACAGCUCGAAGAAAUGGGGAGGCGGGGAGUCGAGCUCCAAAGACCCAAUGUUUACCUAUGGUGGAUCCAGGUAUUUUGGUGUUGGUGACAAGCUUAAGCUCGGGGAUAACGACGAUGAGGUUGAGCUGACAAACCGCGUGACUGCUGGACCUCAAGCUGGCAGACAAGAAUCAUCAAGGUCUAGUUCAGGGGAGAACAUAACCGCUCAGUCGAUAUAUGUAGAGACCAGCUAUACACAGACAAUCGAACACCAGCAAUAG